GCUGAGCCCCUGAACACGAUCAAAAUUGAAACAGUGCGCACAAGACCGUCCAUAUCUAUCACAAGGAAAGAUGGGGGCUCCAGGGAAAAGACAAAAUGGGUGGGCAAAACAGCCAUAUCAUGGGGAGGCGGCUUUCUAUGGUACAAAUUAUUUUGUAAGAGACUAGCAGUCAAAUUUAGAUGAUGGUAAAAGACACAAGCCUUGGGUGCUUGUUUCAGCGGAAGGGAGGUUCAGGCUAGAAUGGGGUGGGUGCGGUGGGCCAUAUGAAAAUGCUUUGUUAUAAGGAACUGCUUUCACCGUACUGGCUUCACCAAUGUUCAAAACAAGGAAAGAAUAAUAAAUAAAUACAAGUAUCGCCUGAACUGGAACAUCAAGGAGUCCAGCAAACAACGUCUGAACGUCAGACUCAUCAUGGGGUACUUAAUAGAAAAAACCCCAUUGAUCAAUGAAAAGGCGAGAGCAUGAUGAAUUAAGACACGGGGCAGGGAUCAUUGCAGUGCAUGGAAGUUCCUAUUUUCUUCUUCAAAAUAAGUUGAUUGAAAGAUAUGCAGUUAACUAGCCAAUUCAUUUUAAUUUUCAGAAAAUAAACAAGAGAUCAGUAGUUUGUCAAUUGUCACUAAGAGGUACGGACGCGAGGAAGAGGGAGAGAGUGGCAAAGCAGUGAAGACUUUUUGUCUCCACGAAGACGAAGACUUUGGGUUUUUUGACGCCUGGUGAAUUGGUAGUGGAGAAAUGGAAAGAAAAUGGACCCACAUGCAAAAAACGAAAAAGAAAAGAGAGAAAGUGUUACAGUUGUUGAUGCCCCUUUCCUCGGUCCUUCUGGUGGUUUUUAGGAAGGUAAGAUGAAGAAGCCACAAAUAAAACUUCAACUCUUGCAUUUUUCUUUCCUGCCCUUUUAGCGUGGAUGUGCGAAGGAUCCAAUUAAGGGUAUCAGGGAGACUAUCUACUCAGCUCUUUAAUCUUUCCUUGCUUACUUUGCCUUCAAGCCAUUUCUGGGAUCGACCGGAUUCCAUUUUGUCUGCAGAUUCUUACAGGCAAGAUUUUGCUAGCCCACAAGGGAAUAACAUUUGUCCUUAUGGAUUGGAUCAAGAUCCUAGAAGGUUCUGGCCAUAAAAUCUCAGAAGUGCAAUAUCACGGGACAGAUGGGGAUGGCAUAAUUUGGGGAGAGCCUUCAAUUUCAGAGCAUGGUAGGAUGAAAUUCACACUUCAGGGUGCACCCACAGAUUUUGAUGAUCAAGAUAUCGCAGUUGCUAUUGUUCGUUCCAUUGAAGAUUAUGAAGCAGAGGAAGAUAAAAAACUGAAAAAGUUGGUUGAUAAUGAAUCUCAAUUAAAGGAAGAUGAACAACUUGCCAAAGCUCUUCAAGAGAGUUUGAAUAUGGAGUCUCCUCCUCGACGGGAUGCUCGAAAUAUAUUUCAACCUUUGACAUUCUCCUCACUUGGUUUUAGGAUCUGUGCUCGGUGCAACCUUGAAAUUGGUCAUGAAAGACAUUUGAGGCGCAUGGGUGCUGUUUGGCAUCCAGAAUGUUUUCGUUGUCAUGCUUGUGGUCUUCGCAUUUUUGAUCUUGAGUUUUCUGUGUCUGGAAAUCGCCCAUAUCAUGAAUCAUGCUACAAGGAUCAAAAUCAUCCAAGAUGUAACGUUUGCAAGAACUUUAUUCCAUCAAAUGCAGCUGGAGAAACAGAGUAUAGAGCACAUCCUUUCUGGAUGCAAGAGUACUGUCCCUCACAUGAGCAUGAUGGAACUCCUCGGUGUUGUAGUUGUGAACGAACAGAGGUAAGGGACAUUAGGUAUCUAUCACUUGAUGAUGGUAGGAAACUAUGUCUGGAGUGCCUGGACUCUGCUAUCAUGGAUACACUAGAGUGCCAGCCUCUUUACCUUCAAAUACAAGAAUUUUAUGAGGGUUUGAAUAUGAAAGUGGAGCAGCAAAUCCCUCUUCUCUUGGUUGAGAGACAAGCACUAAAUGAGGCCAUGGAGGGAGAAAAGAGUGGACAUCACCUCUUGCCCGAGACUAGAGGACUCUGCCUCUCCGAAGAACAGACUGUUAGCACUAUUUCGAGGAGGCCUAGGAUUAGUACAGGCUAUCGGAUUAUCAACAUGAUGACAGAACCUUGUAGGCUAGUCCGUCGAUGUGAAGUGACAGCAAUUCUUAUUUUGUAUGGGCUCCCGAGAUUGCUGACCGGGACGAUCCUGGCUCACGAGAUGAUGCAUGCAUGGCUCAAACUGAAAGGCUAUCGAAAUCUGAGACAGGAUGUUGAAGAAGGCAUCUGCCAGGUGUUGGCUUAUAUGUGGUUGGAAUCAGAGAUACAUUCAAGCUCUGGUAACAAUGUUUCUUCAGCUUCAACGCCAUCAUCAUCAUCCACAUCAGAGAAGGGUGCACGGUCUCAGUUUGAAAAGAAACUCGGUGAGUUUUUUAAAGAUCAGAUAGAGACAGAUAGUUCACCAGCUUAUGGGGACGGAUUUAGGGCUGGUAACCAAGCAGUGCAGCAGUACGGCCUCAAGAGUACCCUCGACCAUAUUCGGCUGACAGGAAGCUUUCCUUACUGAAAGUCGAUCAAUAACUCCCGCCCCAUUAUCUUCUAGUUUUACAGGACCUAGACCCACAUGAAUUAUAAACAUCACAUGAAGAAAUAAGCAGCUAAAUGUUGCUUCUCGUGACCAAUUGCUGAAUUUUCCGUACUGUGGGCACCACUAUUUUACUAUUUUGCCUAAUAAUUAUUAACAUGUAGUAAAAAAAAUUGGAAUCUAUGAUCAUAUGUGUUUUCCCUUUUUUGUUUGUGA